CAAAGAACGCCAUGCGUUACACUCAUAUAGAAAUCACUGUCUGUGACGUAACAAGGUUAAGUAGAUGUCAUAAUAACACUGAAGUGACGUAACGUACUUCAGUUUUUAAACAUUUGAAAGGCUAGAGCAGGUUGGGCAGUUAGAUUGGAAAGAGAAUUUACAUUAAACAAAGGCAAGUGAGAGCAUUUCCGAUCAGUUAUAGCUUCAUUAAAAUGUGUGGUUGUUUGAAACUUCCGAGUUUAACGCAAUGUAUUGUUUUACCGUCACUUAUUAGCUGUAGCCAGCGCCUCACUAGCUAUUAUAGCUAUAGUAACCGGACAGAGAACAGGAGCUCUCUAACUGUUAGCCCGCCUUACCAACGUAUCGUCAAGUAUGGGGAAUAUAGUUCAGAGAAGCUCGUACGAAUGGGUAUGUACGGACGAGCCGCAUGCUACUAGAAGAAGAGCGAUGCUAGAAAAGUAUCCGGACCUAAAAAAGUUAAUGACAGUGAACCCGCACUUUAAAUGGGUGGUCGCUGCAGAAGUUGCAUUCCAGUUAAUGAUGUGUUACUUCGUUAAGGACCUUUCAUGGCCUUUGUUGAUAAUUACCACAUAUUUUAUAGGAGGAACCAUAAACCACAGUCUCACGCUCGCUGUUCACGAGUUAAGCCACAACAGGGCUUUCGGGCAUGGAAAACACGCCAUGUGGAACCGUGUUCUUGCUUUUGUCGCAAACUUUCCGGUGGGCGUUCCUUUCUGUGUCUCUUUUAAGAAGUAUCACCUGGAACACCAUAGGCAGUUAGGUGUGGACGGUUUAGACACUGAUAUACCAAUGGAAAUUGAAGGAAACUUUUUCAGAACUACUGGGCUUAAACUACUAUGGGUGAUUCUGCAGCCGCUCUUGUAUUCAGCUCGACCGCUAUUUAUAAACCCGAAACCAUUGAACAGAUUGGACUACUUGAACUUAUCCCUACAAAUUCUAUUUAACAGUCUACUUUUGUCAUCAUGGGGCAUAAAACCAGUAGCAUACUUGUUACUGGGGACAGCCUUCGGCCUUGGCUUGCACCCAUUGGCGGGACACUUUAUAGCUGAACAUUACAUGUUUUUAAAAGGGCAUGAAACCUAUUCGUACUAUGGUCCACUCAAUAUACUGACUUUUAAUGUGGGUUACCAUAUGGAACAUCACGAUUUUCCAAGUAUAACUGGCUCAAAGCUUCCACUAGUACGCAAGAUAGCUCCGGACUUUUACGACGAUCUACCACAGUAUAGCUCCUGGCCUAAAGUUAUUUACGAUUUUGUAACAGAUAGCACGAUCGGUCCGUACUCGCGCAUCAAAAGACCACAUUUGAAAGACACUCAAUAAAGCUUGGCACGGGAUGUUUAUUGAAGAAGAUGUUGUAUACAGACACGAACAGUGGAUAU